AUGAGUCCAGCCACCAUUGCCACCGCCACGCUACCGGCCCCAGCCGUCCACGCCGUCUACGCCGAGUCUGACAGCACGAUGGAACUUCACACUGAAAGCGAGACGAGCACAUCCAAUAGCGACCACCCUCUGCACGAUGGCAAAGAAAAGAUGGGAAGUCUGGCCAGCCGUCUUCGAGCCCUCUAUGAUGAGAACAUCACAGCCAAGAUUCUGCGAACAGCUCGUGAGGGCCUGACCGGCGCUGAUGCUGGCAAGUACAUUCUUCGGGAGGCCAACUUCUGGACCUGCGGCUUCUUCCCUGGGAGCGUCUACUCGAUAGCUGAGCGCCUGACGAAGUACCCACAGGCGCUCCCUGGUUCCCAUGAGAAGGAGCGUCUGCUGGACGAGCUCUGGACGCUCGGUGCAGCGUGGGCGGAGCCCAUUCACGCCAUGGCCUUGCGUACCGAUACCCAUGACAUGUCAUUCAUGAUUCAACCCUCGAUGCGAGUGCGGUGGGAGGUGGCUCGCGACAAAGAGGCCUUCAAGUCCAUCGUGACAGCGGCUCACUCGCUGUACUCGCGAUACAGCAAUACUGUCGGCGCCAUCCGCUCGUGGGACGUUCUGGCCCAGCACGGGGUCAACAUCACGAGUCAGACAGACGACUUCCUCGUCAUCAUCGACUCCAUGUGCAAUCUUGACCUCCUAUAUUAUGUUGCAUCACACACUGGUGAUGUCGGACUCUGGCACGCUGCCACGAGGCACGCCAAGACUCUCAUCGCAACGAACUUGCGACCCGAGAAGGGAGCAGAAGGGAAGGAGCUUUUCAGUACUGUUCACGUCGUCAACUUUGACCCCAAGACUGGCAACCUGAAAGAGAGACGAACGGGCCAGGGCUUUCACGCGACGUCUACAUGGGCCAGGGGACAAGCAUGGGCUGUGCUGGGCUACGCACAGUCCUUCAUGUGGACGAAGAAUCCGGACUUCUUGCACGUCGCCGUAGGCCUAGCCGAGUACUUCAUCCUCAGGCUCGAGACUUCUUCAGCGCUCGUCGAGGUGCCGGUUCCCGGUGGCGGAGCGAAGGGGCGUUACGUUCCUCUCUGGGACUUUGACGCGCCGAUAGAGAACGAGAAGAAUCCUUUGCGGGACUCUUCUGCUGGCGUCAUUGCCGCCAACGGUAUGCUUGUACUGUCACAGGCACUGGCUUCCGUGGGCAGUGUAGUGGAGAGCAAGAGAUUCCUUGACAUGGCCGUUACAAUAGUCGAGGAUACGUUGGCCUUUUCGCUAGCUCCUGAGCUCGUACGGCUGAACUAUGACGGGCAGGCCAUUGCUGUGGCUGACGUUGCGCCGGGUAAGCGGUUCGAUGCCGUCCUCAAAAAUGCCACGGCGAAUCACAACGCGAAGGACCAUAAACGUUACUGGGACCACGGACUGGUUUAUGGGGAUUACUAUCUAAUCGAAUUCGGAAACAGGCUCUUGAAGAUGGGUUUAGUCUAG